UUAAUGUAUCUAGGUAGACAUAUGUUUAUAGCUGAUUAUAAUAAUCCACUGCAUCAUCUCUCAAUUGUUAUUGACAUUAUUUAAAAGAAUAAUUCAAAAAAAAACAUUUGAAUAAAUAUCAUUAGGUAUCAUAUAGAACAAUAAAAUGGUCAUAUACAUGAGAAGCUUAGUUUCACCGUUAUCACGAUCAAUUGUUACAAAUUUUAUGUCGUUUCGUAAAAUGACUGCUAGUGUUAAAACAGAUUCUGUAAAAUCUUUAUUUUAUAAAGAAUAUGGAGAACCUGUAGAUGUUUUACACGUUACAACACAAUCUAUUAAUCAACCAGAAAAUAAUCAGGUUUCUGUCAAAUGGUUGUUAGCUCCUGUUAAUCCAGCAGACAUAAAUACAAUACAGGGUAAAUAUCCAAGUAAACCGCCUUUACCAGCUAUUCCAGGGAAUGAAGGAGUUGGUGAAAUAAUAGCUAUUGGAUCUAAUGUAAAAUAUUUAAAUAUUGGAGAUAGAGUUAUACCAAAUGGCACGCAUUUAGGAACAUGGAGAACGCAUGCAAAUUAUACUGUGGAAGAACUUCUGAAGGUUCCAAAAGAAGUUGGCGUUGUGGAAGCUAGUAUGUUAAAUGUAAAUCCAUGUACUGCGUACAGAAUGCUUAAAGAUUUUGUGGAAUUAAAACCUGGUGAUACUGUAAUUCAAAAUGGUGGGAAUUCAGCUGUUGGACAGAUGAUUAUUCAACUAUGUAAAAUAUGGAAUUACAAAUCUGUUAGUGUUAUAAGGGACAGACCUAAUAUAGAAGAAUUAAAGAAUUACUUGACGAGCUUGGGUGCAGAUGAAAUUCUUACUGAAGAUGAAAUAAGGAAAACUCAGAUUUUUAAAACUAAAAAGUUACCUUCACCAAAAUUAGCUCUUAAUUGUAUAUGCGGGCAAAAUGCAUUAGAAGUUCUAAGACAUUUAGCACAUGGAGGUAUUAUGGUAACUUAUGGUGGUAUGUCCAGAGAACCUUUAACAGUUCCAACGUCUGCACUUAUUUUUAAGGAUAUAACAUUAAAAGGAUUUUGGAUGACAGCAUGGACAAAGGUAAAUAUGAAUUCCAAAGAGCGUGAAAAGAUGUUUAGUGAAUUAGGAGCAUUAUUCAAGGAUAAGAGAUUAAAAGCUCCACCACAUAAGUUAGUUCCAUUUUGUCAGUAUCAAGAAGCUGUUAUUAAUGCACUCCAUACUGAUGGUCGAACUGGAGUGAAAUAUAUUUUGGAUAUGACUAAGCUAUAAAGUAAACUCUCUUUUAGAUUAUAACUUAGUUUUGAGAACAUUGCAUUUCUUCUAUCUUUAGUACCUUUUAUAUGAACUAAAAAUAAUUAUAUUUAUUAUUGUGCAAGAGACAUUAAUUUAAUGUUUAUGUGAUACAUAUUUUGUAGUGCACUUUUAAAUAAAAUUUUAAUGCAGAGUAA